CCAGGAGUUGGACGUCAUCAGGAAGUACUUUGAUAGGAAACAUUUUCAUCACUUUUUGUUGUUGUCUAUGUCAAGUAAAGUGGAUCCAUGGCGCUCGCUGGGGUGCGUGUCAUUGAGCUCGCCGGCCUGGCACCAGUGCCUUUCUGCGGCAUGAUUCUGGCUGACUUCGGCGCAAAGGUGAUCCGCGUGGAUCGGACCAAAGUUGCAAUGGCAAUGGACACACAGGCUCGAGGGAAGCGGUCGGUGGCGAUCAACCUGAAGAGCCCAGAGGGUGUCGCAGUAUUAAAGAGACUCUGCGUCCAGUCAGAUGUUAUCCUUGAACCCUUCCGCCAAGGAGUAAUGGAGAAGCUGGGCCUUGGUCCUGAGGAGCUACUUAAGGACAACCCUGGUCUGAUCUAUGCACGCCUCACUGGCUAUGGCCAGAGUGGAGCCCUUGCCAAGGCUGCUGGUCAUGACAUCAAUUACCUCGCCAUGUCAGGGCUCUUGUCGAUGCUAGGUCGGAGCAAUGAGAAGCCCUAUGCUCCGCUGAACCUGGUGGCAGACUUUGCGGGUGGAGGACUUAUGUGUGCCUUCGGUGUGGUCCUGGCUCUGCUGGAGAGGGCCAAGUCAGGGAGAGGUCAGGUCAUUGACACCAGCAUGGUAGAAGGAGCUGCGUAUGUUGGCUCAUUCAUGUGGAAAUCUCGUAAAAUUGGCAUGUGGGACCACUCCCGCGGGGAGAACCUGCUGGACAGUGGAGCGCCGUUCUAUGACACAUACCAGACCUCUGAUGGAAAAUACAUGGCCGUUGGAGCUAUUGAACCACAGUUCUACACUCAACUCAUCCAUGGCCUGGGAUUGGAUGCUGCCAAACUUCCUCCGCAGAUGAGCUCCUCUGAUUGGCCACAGCUGAGGCAGAUUUUUACCAAGCAGUUUGCCACUAAGACCCAGGAGGAUUGGGCUCGCAUCUUUGACGGAACGGAUGCCUGUGUGACUCCCGUUCUCUCUAUGGACGAGGUGAUCUCCCACCCCCAUAAUCUGGAGAGGGCCUCCUUCCACAGGGACGCCCAGGGGGAUGUGACCCCAAGCCCCGCACCUAUCCUGUCCCGAACCCCUGGUAAACCUUGCCUGGCCCGGGACCCCAUGAUAGGGGAACACACACGUCCCGUUCUAGAGGAAUUUGGCUUUAAACCAGCAGAGGUAGACCAGUUGUUGUCAGCUGGUGUUAUUGAGUGUAACGCUGCCAAAGCACGGUUAUAACUUGGCAUAACACCUACGGCUUUUGUUUCCAGGAUAAUUUGUCACUCUUAUUUUGUCUUCUAAACUGAUUAUUUGUUUGCAAGGUAGGACUUUUCAUUUUAUGUGAACAGAGUGCACUUCUAAGAAUUACACAACCGUGAUACAUGGUGUGCCAUGAGUAACUGUUGUGGGAGCUACUCAAGCAUUAAGUAAUUGAAGCACAAAGUAAGCAAAUGAAUCAUUAAGUAAACGAAUCACACCUAAAAUGCAAUUCAUUAAUUAGUAUUAUUGGAAUUACAUUUCAAUCACAGGUAUGUAUGCUAGUGGGAUUCAUCUAACAGGCCAUACAGUUGUGCCAGUUGUACCAUUUGUAAAGAAAACAUGAGUGAGAAGGCAAAACACGUUUUUUAUUUUUACUUAUGGGACUUACAUUCA